AAAAGCGCGCCGCAGCAAAGAUUCGAUUUUGCCGGCGGCCGAUUUAAUGCGCUCCUCAGCGAUUUUGCAGCGGAACCUGGCUGGGAUCUUUACGAAGCCCAGCAGUUCAAUAUUAUAUUCAUCUCUCCACAAACCCCCAAAUACACUUUCCCCGCGUGCUUUCACCCGGUCUUUCUUGAGCGACCCUCCACCUCGCGCCGAAUUAUCACAAGUCUUAAACCGGGUACAAUGGCCGGUGACAAAGGAAGAGGAGGCGGAGCUGGUGAAAAGCGUCGGCCAAGAGAUUUGGGCCGGGGAGAAUGGAGUCGACAAAAUAUAGACAAGAGGGCGCGGCAUGAGCAGCAGGCCGAAGCCAAGCGCCGCAAGAUCGAAAAUGGCGAUGAGCCCCAAGACCCGAUUUAUGCAACCCAAUUCUCCAAAGAAGAGAUCGACAAUGAGGAGCGGCGACCAAAGAAGAAGGCUGCCGUUCUGUUGGGAUACUCCGGUACCGGCUACUCUGGAAUGCAAUUGAACGUAAAUCGGAAAACAAUUGAGGGUGACCUCUUUGCGGCCUUUGUCGCUGCCGGCGCCAUCUCGAAAGCCAAUGCGGCGGAUCCCAAAAAGUCUUCGUUCGUCCGUUGCGCGAGAACCGACAAGGGCGUCCACGCGGCUGGAAAUGUUGUUUCGCUAAAGAUGAUCGUCGAAGAUCCGGAUAUUGUUCAGAAGAUCAAUGAGAAGCUCAGCCCUCAAAUUCGGGUUUGGGGCAUCGAGCUUACCAGCAAAAGUUUUAGCUGCUACCAGCUGUGUGACUCCCGUGUUUACGAGUACCUGAUGCCAAGUCAUUGUCUCCUGCCACCCCAUCCGAGCACCUAUCUUGGACGCAAGAUCGUCGAGUCUGCGGAGCAAGCAGGCGAGACAGAUGCUCUUGCAGCCCGACAGGAAGAGGUUGCAGGAUUUUGGGAGGAGAUUGACGAAAAACACAUCAAGCCCAUCCUGGAGAACGUCCCCGAGGAUGUGCGUCAAGUCAUCCAAAAGGCUCUUUAUUGGAAGGAGAACCAAGAAGCGCCAGAGGGUGCCGAAGAUGCUUCGGCAGUGGCACCUGAGCCAAAUGAGCAGCCUCCCACAGAACAGUCUACCGAGACUUCCGAGGGACAGCCCGACCAGAUGGACCCGCGGCAACAGCUGAUUCAUGACACCAUCAAAUCCAUCAAAGCGGCGUACAAUGCAGCCAAGCGAAACUAUCGCGUUCCUACAUCUCGCAUCACCCGUCUCCAGGAGUGUUUAAAUCAGUACGAAGGCACCAAGAACUUCCACAACUACACUAUUCAAAAAACCCACCGUGAUCCCUCUUCCAAGCGCCACAUCAAGUCAUUCAACGUCAACCCGACCCCCAUCGUUAUCAACGGUACCGAAUGGCUCAGCCUGAAGGUGCACGGCCAAAGUUUCAUGAUGCACCAGAUCCGCAAGAUGGUUGCAAUGGCCGCGCUUGUUGUCCGCUCCGGCUGUCCUCCGGCCCGCAUCAAUGAGACCUACGGACCUGAUCGCAUUGCCAUCCCUAAGGCCCCUGGUCUGGGUUUGUUACUCGAACGACCCAUUUUUGAUGGUUACAAUGUCAAGGCUUCUUCUCUGGGUCGCGAGCACAUUGAUUUCAGCAAAUUCUCCAAGGAAAUGGACGAGUUCAAACAACGGGAGAUCUACGAUCGAAUCUUCCGCGAGGAAGACGAAACUCAUGCGUUCGCUUCUUUCUUCAAUCAUAUCGACAGCUACCCCGUGGAAUACUUCCUCUAUGUUACGGCUGGCGGCAUCUCCACAGCCAAACUCGUUACUGCGCCUGGGAGUUCGAAGCCCUCGUCUACAGCACAGUCCGGGAACUCUCAGCAGGAGGCGCUUGCCGCUGUCGAGGCCGAGUCGGAAGAUGAAGCUAAUCCCCCUGAUGGUGGAGAAGAAGGGGGUUAA